GCUGACCGACUUUCAGCAAGAUAAAAAAAAAAGGGGGGGGACGAGUAAGGCCAAGAUAAUAAGAGAGAGAGAUAUUCUCUUUACUCAAUGGUUUUUGGUCUUUUCUUUUGAAAUCAAACAAAGGCAAACCAGAUCUCUGUAACAAGAGUCCGAAGUUAAUUUGGACUAUAUUUCUUUUUAGGAGGGGGUGUUUAGAUUCAAGCUUGAGUUGUGUUUUUCUUGUCUUUUGGCAGAAUUAGCUAAAGAGUGAAGUCAGUAUUUGAAUAAACUAAACACUUAGCUGUUUGUGUUGGGAGAAACUCUUGCUUUCUUUUGUUUUCUUACGGUUUUUAUCCUUUUUCGAAAGCUUUGUUGCGUUGUUGUGUUUGGUUCAAUUUAAGUAGAAAUGAUGUCUGGUGAUGCUUUCUCACUACCAUCUUCAAUAGCAGGGUUUGCUCAAGACCAGAAUAAUGCAAACCCUAACCCUAGCCCUAAAACUAAUCCUAAUCAAGCGGCCAAGAGGAAAAGAAAUUUACCAGGAACACCAGAUCCAGAUGCUGAGGUUAUUGCUUUAUCUCCGAAGUCUCUCAUGGCUACAAACCGGUUUAUAUGUGAAAUAUGCAACAAAGGAUUUCAAAGAGACCAAAACUUGCAACUUCAUCGAAGAGGUCACAAUCUUCCAUGGAAGCUAAAGCAAAGAACCAACAAAGAGGUACGAAAGAAGGUCUAUAUUUGCCCAGAAAAGACCUGCGUUCACCACGAUCCAUCUAGAGCUCUCGGAGACUUAACUGGCAUAAAGAAGCACUUUAGCAGAAAACAUGGGGAGAAGAAGUGGAAGUGUGAGAAAUGUUCAAAGAAGUAUGCAGUUCAAUCAGACUGGAAAGCUCACUCCAAGACUUGCGGGACUAGAGAGUAUAAAUGUGACUGUGGGACUUUAUUUUCCAGGAAAGAUAGCUUUAUCACACACAGAGCCUUUUGCGAUGCCUUAGCUGAAGAAAGUGCAAGAAUCACUUCCGUUCCAGCUGCAGCCAAUCUAAAUUUCAGAAAUGAUACAGUAGAUUUGCCUCAUGGAUUUCCUGACCGGCCGGGAGUUCCAGAUAUCGCAGGCAUUCCACAAUUCAAUUCAGGUUUUGGACCUGAUUUCAGUGGCAUGACUCCAGGAAAUUCUCUUGGUGCUGAUCAACAAAAGCCUGGACUUUCUCUGUGGCUAAAUCAAGCCACUUCACCUAUUAGUCCCAAUUUAAAUCUUUACGUGCCUUCGAGUUCUAGUGGUUUGCCUGAAAUGGUGCAAAUGGGAUCAGCCAAUCUCUAUGGUUCAUCGUCCACCGCCAAUUUUGGGAAUUUAACCUUAUCUGGACUCCCUCAUGGGCUAAAGGAAGAAGGUAGUAGUAAAGCCAAUAUGGUGAAUACAUCAGCUUCUUUGUAUUCUGAUAGUAUUCAGAACAAGCAAUCAAAGCCAGCUGCAGUGCCCAAUAUGUCUGCCACUGCACUUCUGCAAAAGGCAGCUCAAAUGGGUUCUACAAGAAGCAACCAAUCUUUCUUUGGCAACAAUUAUGGACUAAUGAACUGUUCUUCUUCUUCUCCUACAACAAACCCCAUCUCUCUCAACCAGAAUCCAAACGAGCUACACCAAGUCUUUCAAAAUGUUAAGCAAACUGCAGCCGAGAGCCUAACAACAACAAAUAGUACUGUAGCAAUGAGUGAUGCAAUGAUGGGUACAUCAAGCAACCUUGAUCAACUUAUGAUGCAAACAAGUGGAAAACUACAAAAUGACCAGACUCAGUUGAAGCAUCAAAGAGGUUCAAAUUCUAUCGAGAGUGGUUUAACAAGAGAUUUUCUGGGUAUGAGUAGUGAAUCCAGUCGUCCAUUUUUACCACAAGACCUAGCGAAGUUUGCUUCAAUAAGUUCAGCCAUGAGCUUGAACCAUUUCACUGUCAAUCCUUGAUGAUCUUGCACGCUACGUGAAUUGCAUAAGGCCUGUUUUAAAAUCCCGGCUAAAACAGCAGAGUUGGGCUCGGUAGAAAUGGUGGUGAAGGGAAGGGCAGCUCGUGAUUACUGGUGGUGGCCCAGUGCAUGAAACAUGUCAGAAAAAGACUGAACAAUGAACAAACUCCAAGUCAUGCAUGUUCUCGUUGUUUUUCUUGUUGUUUUUAUUUUCUUGUUGUUUUAUUUUCUGUCUUAACGCUCUUAUCGUAUACUCCUACUUGGAUCA